GAAGUGAAGAAAGUCUCUCGUCUUCUCCGAUUGUUUGGGCAAAAAAUAUGGCGGGGCAUGCUGAUUCGGGUAGAUUGGGAAAGAAAUCAAGUGAGGCCGCUGAUGAGUUGCACACCUUCAAUGCUGAGAAUAUGCAGAGUAACAUGAAAAUUAUAUAUUACAGCCGCACAUUUUUAUCAAUCAUUGGUGGGGUCAUUGCCGGAAUCUUGGGAUUCACCGGCCUCACUGGGUUCGUUUUUUAUUUUCUUAUCAUGGCAAUUGCUUCUGUUGGACUCAUAGCCAAGGCAAAAUUUUCAAUCCAUUCAUACUUUGACUGCUGGAACCGGAUUUUACUUGAUGGCUUCACGGGUGGCCUUCUGUCGUUUGUGCUGUUCUGGACAUUUGCUUAUGACAUCGUGCAUAUUUUCUAAAGAACUACGUGCAAUAUCUUGAACGGAUGGGAAGCUCUGCAGCGGCUGCUCGCAGCUGACAUAUCCGCAUAACCCAGGAGUUUGAAAAUGUGAUGACUUUUGUACCUAUUUAUAAACUUAUCUUUUUUCAUUAUAUUUUUGGGCUGGAGAAACAUUCUGGGCCACUUUGUUGUUACUCCAAACUGGUAAUGUUUGUACCAAGCUGCGUUUUAUUUAGAUUACUUGAGGAAAGAGGAAAAAGAAAUCAAUCUUUGAAACGUUGAGGUUGUAUAUUUAAUGCUGACUUGAGAGUGAAAAUUUUCAUCCCUUUUUAUCAA